AUGAACACUUAUGUGGCUGAAAUUGGGGAAAUUGUGAGGGCCCAACGGCGAGACGAGGAAUAUGUCGAUGAGAUUUCAGAGAAAUUUAGCAAGGUAUUCAAAGAGCUUCUCGGUCAACGUCGUUGGAUACGGUGGUACCCGUAUCUGAAGACCAUCGCAUCGAGUUUGUACUACUCGAGUACGGUAGUUGUUGGAAACCAAACGCUCGGCGAGGAAUACGUGCAUCUAUUCGAAUCGGACGGUCUUCAGAGAGUGGUCCCAUCGAUACCCUCUAGAGUCUCUUUCGUUUUAUUGCACUCUGUUUUUCCGCUGAUUUCGAAUUUUUUGAUUCAGAAAGCGGAAGCGACUCUAACGCAUCCAUCAACCAAUCGAUUCCUCGGAAUCGAUAUUCGAUCGAAUCGCAAAGCGCGUCAAUCCUUCCUUGACGUCUUUCAUUGGCUCCGUACCGUACUCUUCCCCCAACUGCAACGGGCUCAUUGUGCCCUAUUUUAUAUCACUGGGUCGUACUACAGUAUCGCUAGAAGAGCUACACGGAUACGAUUUUUGUCGGCCAGCGCUCAAUCGGAUAUACCGGCGCUAAAGGUCUAUCGAUUUUUGGGAUUUGUCACCUUGGCUCAAUUGGCGAUCAGUGCACUUUUAGCGAUUUUUAGCUGGCUGGAAACCGAAAAAUCGCAAAAAAACCUGGAAAAAUCGAAGGAUCAGAAGCUCGGAAAAGGAUUGGAAUCGAGUGAUUUGGACGCGAUAUCGCUGUCGCAUCCAACGUUCCAGUGCACCAUCUGCCUGGAGAACCGUAAUCCUUCGGCCCUCUUCUGUGGCCACCUCUUCUGUUGGCAGUGUAUUCAAGAGCACGCCACGACGUAUUCUGGUUCCACGUCAUCUGCCCGGUGCCCAUCGUGUCGACUGGAAUUUCAGCCUCGUGACUCAUCUCUUUGUCAAUAUUCGUCUCCCAAUCACCAUCCAACCAUCUAUUUCACCGGAAUCCAACCAACCGGAAUUCCCCAUCUCGGCAAUUUCUUCGGAUCGAUCGAACCGUGGAUCGAUUUACAGAAUUCUGUGAAUCCAGAGGAUCAGAUGAUGUUAUCAGUUGUCGAUCAACACGCUAUCUCGUUGGGACCACUUCCAGCUGAUCAGCUCCGCCGAAACACCCGCCAAAUGACCGCGAGUGUCAUCGCUUGUGGUGUCGAUCCAUCCCGAACUUUGCUCUUCCGUCAAUCCGAUAUCCCCCAGAUUGCUCAGCUUUCGUGGAUUCUCGGCUCACUACAAACUACAUCCAAGCUGGCACGUCUUCCGCAAUACAAGGAAAAACAGGAGAGAUUCAAAAAAGGCGACAUUCCAGUCGGCCUCCUCACCUACCCUCUCCUCCAAGCGGCCGACGUUUUGACAUUCAAAGCGACUACAGUACCCGUCGGCGAAGAUCAAAGCCAACAUUUAAACCUCUUGGGUGGUCUGGCCUACGCAUUCAAUAAGACAUAUCAAACUGACAUCUUUCCAAUUCCAAAACAGUUGACAAGAGAGAAAAAUGCGAGAAUUCGAUCGCUAAGAGAGCCGGAGAAGAAGAUGAGCAAAAGUUCGGGUGGACCAAGAAGUCGUAUUGAGAUCACCGACUCCCGUGAGACCAUCAUUGAAAAGUGCCAAAAAGCGCAAAGUGACACGGCUGGCGCUGUGACUUAUGAUAAGAAGAAUCGAUUGGCUGUGUCGAAUUUGCUCGAUCUCUACUCGGCGAUCACCAAGACGCCACUCUCGGAAAUCGACUAUUCCAGCUGGUCGACGCUGGACCUGAAAAUGAAUUUGGCCGAAAAAAUCGAUAAUCGGCUGGAGCCGAUUAGAGAGAAAUUCGAGGAGCUGGAGAAUAGUGAAGAGAUCGACAAAAUUCUAGAACGGAAUGGCGACGCGGCGCGAGAAAUUGCUGAGAAGAAUCUCAAGGAAAUUCGUCGGAUUGUUGGAUUCUUGUGA